AUGAGAAGAUUCCAAAUAAGAGCACUGAAGCACCUGCCGUAUCAAAUGGCAAGCCUCUACUUCAUACUGUUCAUCAUCUCAAUAACAGCAUCAGUGAUCACAGUUAACUGCGGAGACGAAGUAUUUAAAAAGUAUACAUCAUGCAACGGAAGUAAGGUACACAACAUAAACUGGAUAGGAGCGUUGAUAGUACUGCAAAUGGCACUGCUGUUCGUAUCAAUAGAACCAGAAGAGUCACAGGGAAGUAAAACAUUGGGAGGAAUCAUAGAGAAAGAAGAUAAAGAAGAGGAAGGAGAUGUGUCAGGAGAUGAAAACUAUAAUAGAAGAGAUAACUCAGGAAUAUACACGAGAGUGUUACCAGGCUCAGAUUACAAAGUUAAAAUAGAAGACACAGAAGAAAAAAAGAGAAAAUUAUCUAGAAAAUCAAAAUCAAAAGAAAUAAUGAUAGGAUUAGAAGAAAAAAAUAGAAUAGAUGAACACGAAUUUGGAGGAGAAGAAAAGGGAAGGUACGGAGGAAGAAAAGGAAAAACAGUGGAUCAGAGCCUGAGACUGGACCUGUCAGACAGCAUAAUAACAACGAAAAUCAUUAAGGCGAAGGAGGUGCUGAGAGGAAGAGUUAAGAUAUGCUGGAGCUCAAUAUGGAUGAUCUCAUACCACUUUGUAAUAUUCAUGGGAGUACACGGAUCGCUGCUGGCCUCAAGAAUACACGCGCAAAUCAGCCUGAACAAGUACGGAAUUGAGACGUGCCCGCACCUGAGCUACUUCCCACUGAGCCUGACCUCGCCGAAGCUGAAGGACCCAAUACUGAGCGAAACAGUGUUCCUGGUGACAUACCUGUCAUUCACAAUCCACGAAAUAGUAAUCAGGAAGACGGAAAACUGCUUCCUCAUAAAAAACUUCUUCGGAAAACACUACUUCAAGGAGUCGAAGAUGCUGGGAGCAGUGAGACUUAUCAUACAGAUAGCGCUCUUCUCAGCAAACAUAGGGCUCAUAAUAGUGUGCAUCACAAACGGAUUCGGAUCGCCAAUGCACGUCCUAGUGGGAUUCUCAAUCUCAAUGCUAGCACUCUGGAUCAACUCGCUGCUGUCACAGCUGCUGGAGCUGACGCACUACGGAGAGAUGAAGGCGCCGACGCUGGACUACAGCUACAUCUGGUCGAUCCUGAGCGCGUUCCUGCUGUGGUUCUGCGGCUUCUUCUACUACGUCUCAGUGUACGGAGUGCCGUACAAAAGAGUCUACUUCUACCUACACCCGUUGGCCUGGGCCAUCCUCAUCUCACUGACGUACUAUAAGCGAAAGGAGAUAUUCAGCUCCUCAGAGUACCUGCAAGGCUUCGUGCCAACAUUUACAUAA